AUGAUCCAACCCAUUUCUUGGCAGCUUAGCGUGAACAUGCUGUUUAGCAGCGUUCUUGUUGCCAUCGCCCUAGCCUGCCUGUCAACUCUCUGCCACCAAACCAUGGACCGCUUCCUCCCUAUCAACGGGGACCUUCUCCCUCAUAUUGGGCAACGAAGAGCAUCAGACGAUGCACAGAACCGGGAGAUCUCAAGCCGGCCCACAAACCCUGCUCUCUCAAUGACAGAACGGACCGCCUUCAACACCCAAGCAUACACGGUCUACGGCUACUCGUCCCCCGGCGGCGUUCAAAUUAAUGAGUCUGACCUCCUUGACAUGGUUUCCUGUCGCUCCCGCGCUCUCAUGCAUUGCAGCGUGCACCCAGUACCGAUGAAGAAGACAAUUUUUGUAAUGUCCUGCUGCGGACUGGCGCGACGUUCUGGAAAAGACAUGAUUGGUUCCAGGCUCGCAGACUGCUGA